AUGCCGAAUGUCAUAUUUAACAGAAGGAGACUGGGAUUUGGCGCCAUAACAGGUUCGGUAUACUACAUAACAUCCUCAUGCAAUGUGAAAAUAUUUCUGAGGGGUUUAUAUGAAGGCCUUUCAUCAUUAUUCACACGAAUAGGGACAAUAAAUAUGUUUAUAAUUGCCUCUAUCCUUCUUAUGAGGUAUACACGCUUCAGCGGCUUUGUUUCCGCUAGUUUUAACCAACUAUGGAUUGGGGCUGUUGUGAAUUGCAUAUUCUUUUCCCUUAAACUGAUUACGCUAUUCAAACUUUUUAUAUCUAGUGCCAGAAACAUUAUCCGUCUUCGGAAGUUGGCUAUAAUUGAAUUUAAAAGCAAUCAGGCUACUUCGUCUCCCGAACAGGCAGAAAAUAAGAUUGAGCUUAUCAGAAGAAUGAAUAAUACAUGCCUUAUUUGCUUGGGAAGUCUGACAAAGAUGGAUAUUGAAGAUAAAUCAAAUAAAAUUCAGGAUAAGGGCACGGUAGGAUUCAACUGUGCAAAAAAGUCAAGAAGUCUGCUCAUUGACAAUAGCGCACAGCAAAUGGUGCUUUUAAAUUGCGGUCACGUCUUUCAUUACAAAUGCUUCAAAAAGUGGUUUAUGGGAUCUGGUACCUGCCCAUAUUGCAGGAGCAAGGUCUGA